AUGAGCAGCGACAACAUCAGUAUCAGAAACAACAAAUCAAAGGCAAUGAGUGGGAAACAAAUAACCCUGUAUAUCAUCGAUUUGGCCCCUUCCAUGGGCCAUCAGAUGCCCUCGACACAAGAAUUCCCAGGAAUGACGGGUCUCGAAGUGGCAUUGGAGUCGGUUCAGAACCAGUUCAUCAGCAAAUUACUCAAAGGUAGGAAGACUGACUAUGUCCAGGCCUACUGCUCAUGUUUUGACCCAGCGUCCAACGACACCAUUGACGAAGUGGAAGAACUUGAUGGUUCUUCACCACUUCAAGGAACCGCGAAAAUCGUUGAAUUAAGAUCACCGCCCAAAUCCAGCGACUUGCGUCGAUUAGCAAAACUUCGUGCGGAGCUGGUAAGUGAUCAUAAAGUCAAAGGUCGAUUAUGGAUCGGAAUCUUGAAGAGUUUGAAUGAUAUCCAGCAAUUUGUGGGUAAGAAGAAGUUCCCGGGGAAAAGUGUGGUGGUAUUCACCGACUUGAAUGAUUUCAGAGAUGCCACAAUGUUUGAUUUGUCCAUUGAAAUGUUUGCUAAAUUCCAAGCGAGUAUUGCUGAUACAUUGGAGAAAAAGCAAAUCUUCCUUCAUGUCUGCGAUGUCGGCCAUGAAGAUUCCGAAACCAGACAAACCCUUAUCGAAGGCUGGCAAUCAUUUGCCGAGGAGUCUCCGGAAUUUGUCAAGUUUUAUUCUCCAAAACAGCUUUUCCAAUCCCUCUCGACUCCUGUGCCGAAGACGGUGCUGCCGAUCCGCACGUUUGCUGGGCAGCUAAGGUUCUUCAAUGACCCAAUCGCUGUGCUCCAACGGUCGCGAGGUGAAGGAAAAGAAGACGAUGAUGAUGGUGAUGAGAAUUUAUCCUCCGAUUCCACCGAGAUGGCAUUGGAAGUGGAAGGGUUCCCGUGUAUUAAGAACGACAGCCCCAUUGCAAAAGCCAAAUUAGCAAAAACGGUACUAGACGAGGAUAAUAUCUCAUCUGACCAAUUCUCUAAGUAUAAAAUUAAACGCUUCACGGAAUACUUUCUUUUUGAAAAACGAGGAGCCGAAGAUAUCGCGAAAAUCAAGGCGGAGAAAAAGCGGCGAAAACAAUUAGAAAAACUGGACAGUCAACCGGAACCUAUCGAAGUGGAUGACGAGUAUGAUCUUGAUUUAUAUGAGAAAAAAGCUGUUGAUGCUAAUGAUUUGCAAAACUCUUAUAGGUACAUGACGAGUUUUGUUCCAGUUUCCUCAAGGUUGGAAAAAAUCAGGCAAUAUCAAACCGCACCGGGACUUGAUUUUAUGGGGAUUGUCGAUGUUAAAUCGUUGCCCCGGUGGUACCUUACCACGGAAUCAGUGUUCCUUUUCCCUAAAGCAGGCUCCACUUUAAGAAAUCGGGUUGGAUUCGCAACUGUUGUCAAGUCAUUAAUGACUUUGGGCUCAGUGAUCAUUGCCAGGUUUGUGAAAAAGAUGGACCAGCCAGUACAAAUUGUGGCUUUAAUCCCUGUUGUUAUUGAUGAUGAUCAGAACCUCAAACGUCAAGCCGAUGAUGAAUUGAAAGAUUAUGUGGAAAGCAAAAAAUACGGGUUUGUGUCCAGUAGGUUACCAACCAAAGAAGAUGAGCGAGGCUCGUCUUUUCCCCCAUUGGACUUUUUGAAAACCAAGACUGGCGAAGAAAUCAAAGAACAUGAUAAGUUGUUACCAACCAAAGAAAUGAAGGAUUUGAUGUGUGAUUAUAUUGAGGCAAUGGAUCUUGAUAACCCAAAGGAUAUUAAAGGGUUCAAUGAUGUCAACUUCUCUUUUAAACCGGCAGAUGCUCGCCGCCAGCAGGUUAGAGAUGCUCCAAUGACGGUUGAUGAAAAGCUCGUGCAACCGAGACCAGCAUUACAUGUUAGUAAUCUUGUGGUGAGCCACAUCAUCAAACAGGCUGCUAAAGAAGGAAUAAGUACCGCGGAGUAUAUGAAAGCUCAUCAAGAUGAUUACUUUGAUCGAAAGAAGUUAAGUGCCACGGAACAGCGAUUUUUGGAUGUUGUGUUUCAAAAUACUGGAGAAAGCAAAAAUUAUGGGGAUACUCCGACUUGGGAGAAACUUGUGAAGUUGUUUGGUGUAAAGUAUGUUGGAAAGCCGGUUGUCGAGAAUCUGGAUGAUGAAAUUGAAGAGAUCGAUGAGGAUGAAUAUAAUGAUUUUAAAGAGAAUUUCAAUGAAGAUGAGAGUUUGGAGUCUUUAUUAGGAAUUUCAUGA